AUGCUCAUCAGACAGCAGUGUGUCCGAGGCGGGCCCCAGGGCUUUAGCUGUGGCUCAGCCAUCGUAGGUGGAGGCAAGAAGCCUGCUUUCAGCUCUAUCUCCAUGUCUGGGGGCACAGGCUCCUGCUCUGGGGGCUUCAGUAGCAGAAGCCUUUGCAACCUCGGGGGAAACAAGAGCAUCUCCAUCGGCACGGCUGGCUGCUGGCGAGGCGCUGGGUUUGGGGCUGCUGGAGGUUUGGGGGCUGGCUGCUUUGGCCUUGGAUUCGGUGGCUCCUUUGGUGGACGGGGCGGUGCUGGCUUCCCUGUCUGCCCUGCUGGAGGGAUUCAGGAGGUCACCAUCAACCAGAGCCUGCUGACGCCACUCCACAUGGAGAUUGACCCUGAGAUCCAGAAGGUCCGGACCGAGGAGCGGGAGCAGAUCAAGACCCUCAACGACAAGUUCGCCUCCUUCAUUGACAAGGUGCGGUUCUUAGAGCAGCAGAACAAGGUUCUAGAGACCAAGUGGAACCUCCUUCAGCAGCAGGCGACAACCACAUCCAGCAAAAACCUUGAUCCCUUGUUUGAGGCCUACCUCAGUGCCCUGAGGAAGCAGCUGGAUACCUUGACCAACAACAAAGGAGGCCUGCAGUAUGAGUUGAAAAUCAUGCAGGACAGCGUGGAGGACUUCAAGGCCAAGUAUGAAGAUGAGAUCAACAAGCGCACAGCUGCUGAAAAUGACUUUGUGGUCUUAAAGAAGGACGUGGACGCCACCUACAUGAACAAGGCGGAGUUGGAGGCCAAAGUGGAGGCCCGUAAUGAUGAGAUCAACUUCCUGAGGGUCCUCUAUGCUGCGGAGCUGUCCCAGAUGCAGACCCAUGUCAGCGACAUGUCUGUGGUCCUGUCCAUGGACAAUAACCGCAACCUGGACCUGGACGGCAUCAUCGCCGAGGUCAAGGCCCAGUACGAGGACAUCGCUCAGAGGAGCAAGGCCGAGGCCGAGGCCUUGUACCAGACCAAGGUCCAGCAGCUCCAGGCCUCAGUCGAACAACAUGGUGACAGCCUGAAGAGCACCAAGAAAGAGAUUUCAGAGCUUAACAGGAUGAUCCAGAGGCUGCAGGCUGAGAUCGAGAAUGUCAAGAAGCAAUGCCAGACCCUGCAGGCAUCCAUGGCUGGUGCAGAGCAGCGUGGGGAGGCGGCCCUGAAAGAUGCCCACGGCAAGCGCACAGAGAUGGAGGGCGCCCUGCAGAAGGCCAAGGAGGAGCUGGUCCGGAUGCUGCAAGAGUACCAAGAGCUCAUGAGUGUGAAGCUGGCCUUGGACAUUGAGAUCGCCACCUACCGCAAGCUGCUGGAGGGCGAGGAGUGCCGAAUGUCUGGAGAAUGCCAGAGUGCCGUGAGCAUCUCUGUAGCUGGGGGUGCUGCCAGUGCAGGAGGCGUUGGUGGAGGGUUAGGAAGCUGCUCCGGAUUUGGCCUGGGUUCUGGCUCCGGAAGUGGUUUUGGGUUUGGUGGUAGUGUUGGUGUCGGCGGUAGUUCCAGCAGCAAGAUCAUCUCUACCACCACCCUGGCCAAGAGAUCCCACCGAUAG